AUGUGGAGCUCUUUCUCUCUCCUCGCGCUUGGCUCUAUAGUCAGUACUGCUUUUGCUGCCGGCAUAACACUUCCUCAAGGAUGGUUUACUUUCCAGCCCGGCGAGAAGCUCAAACACACCCAGUUCCAAGGCCGUCCACGGUAUCUCACUUGGAUGGCCGAUUCUCAAAUGCAACAUGGAGUCGAACCCACCCUUGCCUACACCGUCUCAGCAUACUACUCCGGAAUCCUUCGGGCGCUUGAGCGAACCGGUGAUACGAAGUACUUUGACUAUGUCAAGCGUGGCGCAGAUAUCCUUCUAUACCCAGAGCACGAUGGUACUGUUCUCAUGUAUAAUAACAGCAACUCGAUCGAUGAUAUCCGAAUCGGCUAUACAUUCUUGGAUAUGUAUAAUGCCACUGGAGACGAUGUUUACAGGAAUGCGGCGACGCAAAUGCGCAAGCAGAUUGACCGCACAGGUCGCACGCCUGAUGGAGGCUUCUACCACCGAUAUCCGGCGUAUAUCGACCAGAUGUGGCUCGAUGGCUUCUACAUGCUAGAUGUCUUCUACGCUCGCUGGACCCACGAGUUUGAACCCAACAACAGCACUGCGUGGGACGACAUCGCUCUGCAGUUCGACCUCAUCGAUGCAGGAACGCGGUCAAGCAACCAUACCAAUGGUCUACCUGUUCAUGGAUUCGAUCACGGCAAGACACAAGUCUGGGCUGAUCCUAAAACUGGAGCUGCACCCCAUGUCUGGAGUCGCGGUGUAGGCUGGUACAUCAUGGCGCUUGUGGAUACUCUCGAUUUCUUUCCUGAAAAGCACAAAGGUCGCAAGCGCCUGUUAAAGUAUCUAAGAACCCUAGCUGACGCGCUCGUGACAUCCCAAGACAAGGCUACUAAGGGCUGGUGGCUCGUUAUGGACCCUGGUUUAGAGCAUAAGUCCGGCAACUACAUUGAGAGUUCAGGAACUGACAUCUUUGUUGCCAGUCUUUUCAAAGCUGUUCGCAUGGGUUAUACCAAGGGUGACAAAUAUCUGAAAGCAGCUUUGGAUGGUUAUAUUUUGAUGACUACUACCUUCGCGCAGCCUCGUCCACAUGAUGGCUCGUUGGCGUGGGAGUGGACAGUCCAGACAGGCAGCUUAAGCUCCAAUGGCACGUUUGAGUACUACGUCAGCAUGCCCCUUUUUGAGAACGAUCUGAAGGGAGUGGCACCAUUCUUAUUUUCAAGCUAUGAGUAUGAACUAUACCAGACUAAGUCAUCGGGUGGGACGUGA